AUGAUGGGAGGGUCCUGGGCAGAACUAGGAUCAAGAAUUGCUGGCUUAGUGUUUGUUUGGGCCACAAUUCAACAGUUCUUCCCAAACCAGCUUCGAAUCUAUUUUGAAAAAUUAAUUGAUAGAUUUUUAGCCACUUUCUAUCCAUACAUCCAAAUCACAAUCCAUGAGUACUCUGAUGGCAGGCGCAACGAAGUCUACACCGCCAUCAAAACUUAUCUCGGUGCCAAGUCCACCGUGCAAGCAAGGAGUCUCAAAGCCGAUAAGGUCAAAAACAGCAAAUCGAUUGUCAUCAGCUUGGACAAUAGUGAGGAGGUCACUGAUGAGUUCAAUGGUGUCAAGCUUUGGUGGGCUUUAAAGCAGACUGUCCGCAACACAACGAUGUUUACUUUAUAUCAGUCUGAUUCAGAGGAGGAGAGGAAGUAUUACAAGCUCACCUUCCAUAGAAGAUACAGAGACAUUGUCACCGGGGCUUACUUGAGUCACGUGAUGGAAGAAGGUAAGGCAAUCCAGCUCAAAAACCGACAGCGAAAGCUCUACACAAACAAUCCCAGUGAUAAGUGGAGUUGGAGUGGCAAAAACUUAUGGAGUCACAUAGUUUUUGAGCACCCUGCAACAUUUCAGACGCUGGCAAUGGAUCCUAAGAAGAAAGAGGAGAUUAUUAAUGACCUCAUUGGAUUCAACAAAGGAAAAGACUAUUAUGCCAAGGUUGGGAAGGCUUGGAAGCGUGGCUAUCUCCUUUAUGGUCCGCCAGGAACGGGCAAGUCGACCAUGAUCGCUGCCAUGGCUAAUUUCAUGAAUUAUGAUGUUUAUGACCUCGAAUUGACAUCGGUCAACAACAACACGAACCUGAGAAAGCUAUUGAUAGACACAACGAGUAAAUCUAUCAUUGUGAUCGAGGACAUCGAUUGCUCGCUUGAUCUCACAGGUAAACGGAAGAAGAAAAAUGAGAAAAGUGAGGACGAAGAACAUAACGAUCUGAUUCAUAUAAAAGAAAAAGAGAAAGAGAAAGAUGAUGGCAACAAAGUUACUCUUUCUGGGCUUUUGAACUUUAUUGAUGGAAUUUGGUCAGCUUGUGGUCCAGAAAGGAUCAUCAUAUUCACUACUAAUCAUGUGGACAAACUUGAUGCGGCCCUCAUUCGGAGAGGACGAAUGGAUAUGCACAUUGAAAUGUCAUAUUGCAAAUUUGAAGCAUUCAAGGUGUUGGCUAAGAACUACCUCGAUAUCGAUUCUCACCCUUUGUUCGGAACCAUAGACAGUUUAUUGCAGGAAACCGAUAUGAGUCCUUGUGAUGUUGCAGAGAACUUGAUACCAAAGACUGCUUCAAAAGAGACUUGCUUAAAUGACCUGAUUGAAGCUCUCAACAAAGCCAAGGAAAGCGCAAAGUUGAAGACUGAGAAAGAAGCAAAAAACAAAAAGUUAUCAUCAAAAGCAGCUAAAAAAUACAGUCAUAUAUGGAUGCAGAUGAUUGGAAAGCUAAGGAAGGAAAAAUAAAAGAAACAAUGAUGGUAGAUGGUACGAUUGUAUGUUUUUCUUGUUUCUUACCUCUGAAAAUAAUAAAGUAUAAAUGUUGUUUAAUGUAAUGAUGUAGCUCAUAAGCUAACACGUUUAUUAGGAUGCAUGAUAUCUACAUGAGGGUUUUGAAUAACUUUGAAAAAUACAGGUAAUGUCACCUAGUGACAGCUACUGCUACAUAAUGAACUUAAUUUAAGGAAA